CAAUCUUACCUAGCUAGACAACGUCCCCGCGUUUCGUUUGUUUUGAGGAAGUCAAGUGACGAUGUUGCUGCGAAAGUAGACUGAAGGAGAAAGUUAACAACAUUAUACAGUUAACAGUAUUCAACGAAACUGUCUGGAAGACAACUGGCUGUCAGCCCCCUUUUACAGGAUGUUACUGAAAGUGCUGCUGGGCCUCCUGUGUGGCGUCGGGGCCUCGGGCGCGGGAAACAGCACGGCUCGGCAGGGCCCUCCGCCGCUGCUGCUGGUGUCAUUCGACGGCUUCCGCGCCGACUACCUGCGGCGGUUCCCCAUGCCCAACCUGAAGCUCCUGUACAGUCAGGGGGUCCUGGUGGAGCAGCUCACCAACGUCUUCAUCACCAAGACGUUUCCCAACCACUACAGCCUGGUGACGGGGCUGUACGCCGAGUCCCACGGCAUCCUGGCCAACAACAUGUACGACCCUGUCAUCCACAAGCACUUCCACGCCGGCGUCAACGACACCGACCCGGUGUGGUGGAGCAAGGCGCGGCCCAUCUGGAUCACGGCGCUGGACUCCGGCUACAAGACGGCGGCCGCGAUGUGGCCCGGCUCCGACGUGGCCUUCGGCAACCGCACGGCGUCGCACUUCCAGUCCUACGACCGCCACGUGACGUUCCGACAGCGGCUGGGGAACGUGACGCAGUGGAUGCUGGGAGAUGGAAAGGAGGAAGGAGCUAUAUUCGCAGCGCUUUACUGGGAGGAGCCGGACCAGUCGGGUCACAUAUUCGGCCCGGACAACGACACUGCCAUGAGCCAAGUGCUGAAGGAGGUUGACGACAACAUCGGCCUACUGAUCUCGGAGCUGCGCCGCACCGGCCUCUGGGGUCGCGUCAACGUCCUGGUGACCAGCGACCACGGCAUGGCCCAGUGCUCGGCCGAGCGCCUCAUACGGCUGGACAACUGCCUCCACCCCGACAGCUACACGCUGGUGGACCUCUCGCCGGUCACGGCCCUCAUCCCGCACCAAGACCCGGAGGCCAUCUGCACCUUGCUGAAUAUGUGCCACCCCCACAUGAGGGCGUAUUUGAAGUCGGCCAUCCCCGACAGGCUGCACUACCGGAACAACGAGCGCAUCCAGCCGAUCAUAGCGAUCGCCGACGAGGGCUGGACCAUAGUGCAGCGAGGGAACGAGCUGCCGCACUUGGGCAACCACGGCUACGACAACUCCCUACCCAGCAUGCACCCCUUCAUGGCGGCGGCGGGGCCCAGCUUCCGCGAGGGCUAUCGGAUCAGCGGCCUGCAGAGCGUGGACAUCUACCCGCUCAUGUGCCACCUGCUGUCGGUGCCCCCGCAGCCCAACAACGGCAGCCUGAACCAGGCCCGGUGCCUGCUGGCCACCGAGACCUGCUGGGAGGUCCCUCUGGUGGUUGGCAUGGUGGUGGCCGUCCUGCUGGUGCUCACCGCGAUCACUGUUCUGUUCAGGUUCCUGAGGUACCGCCGCCCGUCAGGCUCCCGGCCCUUCCAGAGGCUGCAGGUUGAUGACGACGACGACGACGAGCCCCUGUUGGAGUAAACCGAUCCCAUCCGGGCUCUCCAGAGGUACUUCACAUGAUGCGCUUUACUCACCGAGGCCCCCGGCUGUCACUCAGUGUGUGUGUUGUUCAUGUGGCCAUAAACAGUAGAAAGGUUGUUUUAAAUACGUUCAGGCCCACUGACACCCGCUGGGCAGUCGUUCACUGCUGUGAACACUGUUCAUAACUUCAUAAGACUUGAAACCAGCUCUGAGGAAAUAUUGAAACCUUUUUUUGGUGGUAGGUUGAACAUUGAGAUUAAUCAUUUUAUUCUGGGAGAAAAAGAGGACUUUUGUUUAAGAUUAAGAGAUUUAUUAUUUAUUCUUCUGCGGUAAUUGUUUAUAGAAAUCUUUAUUUUGUAUGUGUGGAUUUCACUUUUCUUUUGUACUUGUGUUGUUACUUUUGGUCAGCAGAGGGAGCCAGUAGACUGAGAUUUAUAUUGCGUCUCACUGAGAUCCUGUUUGUCUUGAAGCGUGAAAGAUUGUUCGCUGGAAAUCUUGUGAUGGUGUUUCUGCGUGUGCUGUUACUGUUUUGGUUUAUUUGUUUAUUUAUUUGUUACACUGAUAACCUGAGUCUCAAGUGAUCCAAAAAAAAAAAACUUGGAUUCUCCUUUUAUCCAUCCUUAACUAAAAUUUCACAUCUGACUUGAUGUAUUUUUACUAAUGAAUUAUAGUGUGAGAGGUAACAACAAACGGUGAAGUGGAAGGGUGUUUUGAAGAGAGUGUUUUCUAUGCAAAUUCUUCAGUAAGUGUCUGUUUCAGGUAUCUAUUCUGUACUUAAGCAUGUAUUCUAGUGAUACCAAAGACCGUUGUUAAGAUGCACAAUAGACGCUCCAAGUAGAUGUGCAACAUAGGUUUUUUUACAGAGGGAUUUGCUUCAUAAAAUUUAAAGCAGUUCAAUGAAUUUUAUUCGCAUCAUGCGGGGCGGUAACUUACUGGAUCAGCUGGAUGUUAGUAGCACAAGAUGAAACUCAAGGAAUAAUAAAUAUUUCAGAGCACCUUCUUCUUCUUAAUCUUGCUGAUGCUUACUGAUGCCUCUUUUCUCACUAUCAUCAAAUCCCACGCACGAAAAGACCAAAACAAACGAUGAAUGUUUCCGCUAACGAGUACGGUGUGUGUAUCGAAGCCAUAUAAAUCCUUUUGCGCUGUGCCGUAGAGCUCCAUUGUUAUUAAAAACACAUCACUGAGCCGCACUGUUCCUCAAUUUGUUUUGACUCAAUCCCACACAAACCGUCCUGCUGCCCCAAAUACUCACGAGAGCAAAUGUGUAUUCAUCCACGGCUAAAAGUAGACCCUAACAAAUGCACUAUUUUCUCCUUUUUUGAGGAAUGUUUGCUCAAAACUACAGUGCCCAGCUGAUUCAGGAGAUUAUUAGUGAGUUUAUCAUGAGUGCCGCCAACAGGACAGGGAUGAGAUUUUCAUGGGAUUUAUUAAAAAUAACUCAACUUUAGAAUAUCUCCAGCCUCAUCUUUUAAUGCAGCUGCUCGCAUGCUUCCGGCCACGUAUUUAGUGAUAUGUAUAUAGUGUCCAUGCAUCUAUUCAUGUGUGUAAGUAUGCGUUUUUGCUGCUGAAGUGAAGAGGAACAAUUUCAUGUCUAAACUUUUGAUAUUUAUGGGUGUUUGUGGUCUUUUAAUGCUACAUGUAAGUUGAGUCUUUGCACUCUAUGCUGUGUUCCAUCCAUAAAGUUACUCUUUUUAGUUUUCUUGUCAUAAAAGCUGGUAAAACUUCGGCACAAUCCUGCCUGGCCUGUAUAGAGAUUCCUGUGAAAUGACAAUUUUUGAAAACAAAUAAAGUUAAUUGAAAAUGUGAAGUUUCUUUUUUUUACAAUAAGUGUCCCUACAUGGAAAGAAAAAGCGACACACAUUUGGAAAAAUUCAUUUAUAUUCCUUUAUAUAUAUUUUUUUUCUCCAUCGCAGUCACAACAUUACAAUGUAAUAAAAUGGUAAAUAUAUAAAAUCAAACUCAAUACUGACGCAUAUACAUUUCUGUAUCGUGUUCAAAACCAAAAUGAACUGCACAUGUUUUCAUUUAUAUAACUGUUUCACAUCAUUUAAAAUCUGUCAUAAUUUCUAUGUAGUCAUCUGUAUAAUUGUAAAUCUUUGUCUCUUCACAAAUAAAUAGACUUUAUUUUCAGGAGGUAUUGUAACAAAAAUAACACAUUUCCCAGCGCUGGCCACGUAGAGCCAUUGAAAAUAUCAUUCAACUCUUCCCCAGAAUGCUUUAACGGUUAUCGUAGACACG